AUAUCCUCGACAAAAAUUAGGUCACUGUUCUUCGAUUCUGACUUAGUGGGGACUCUCUCUCUCUCUAUCUACUUUCUCUCUCACACACACACAGUUGUUGAAGUUCAAAUGUCGUCCGAUGAGAUCGCCAGUCCACCUUCUACUCUCCCUCCAUACCCAGAGAUGAUCUUUGAAGCAAUUGAUUCUCUCAAGGAGAAAGAAGGGUCAAACAAGACAUCAAUAUCCAAAUACAUCGAAUCGACUUACGCCUCUGAUUUACCUCCAGCCCAUUCUCACGCAACUCUUCUCUUGCAUCACCUAACCAAAAUGAAAGAUGGGGGUGAUCUUGUUUUCGCUAAGAACAACUAUGCGAGGUUUGAUCCAACAUCUCCUCCUAAGAGAGGCAGGGGACGACCUCCUAAAUCCAAGGAUCAAUCUUCUGCUUCUGCUUCUGAAUCUGCAAUUAAGCCUGCAUCCACCAGGCCAAGAGGUCGUCCGAAGAAGAACCCAGAUGCACCACCGCCAGCUAAAAAAGCGGCGGUGGCGCCCGAGGUGACUAAGACUGGAAGGCCUAGAGGUCGUCCGUCUAAGUCGAAACCUCAGCAGGCUCAAGCUGGUGUGGAAGCUAGUUGAAUUUGUAUGUCAAAGUUUGUUUUGUUUGUUUGUAGAUUGAUAGAUUGACUAUCUGUUUAGGGUUUGCAGGUUGUGGGUUGUGGUGGGAUGGUGGUAGUUGUUGUUGGGUUGAAAAUGGUUGAGUUGUUUGUAUUGUUGUUUAUCAAUGAUUUCUUAUGAGUUUAGUUUUAACAUUUACCUUAUUGGUAAUAGUUUCUUUAA